AUGGCGGACGUGCCCAUUGUGCUCGACGGAGGAACCGGUUUCCUCAAGGUCGGAUAUGCUGGCCAGAACUUCCCAGAGCACCAGUUCCCCUCGAUAGUGGGGCGGCCCAUCUUGCGAACGGAGGAGCAGGCUGGCGAUAUUGUGGUCAAGGAUAUUAUGUGUGGAGAAGAAGCCGCCGCGGCACGAUCGAUGCUUCAGAUCAGCUAUCCGAUGGAGAAUGGCAUCGUCAAGAAGUGGGAUGACAUGCAACACCUGUGGAAUUACACCUUUUAUGACAAGCUGAAGAUCGAUCCUACGGGACGGAAGAUCCUCCUCACAGAGCCACCCAUGAACCCGCUCAAGAACCGCGAACAGAUGGCUGAGGUCAUGCUGGAGGGAUACAACUUUGGAGGUGUUUAUGUGGCGAUCCAGGCGGUGCUGGCACUUUAUGCCCAGGGUCUGAGCAGUGGUGUAGUCGUUGACUCCGGCGACGGUGUUACACACAUUAUUCCCGUUUACGAGUCAACUGUGUUGAACCACCACAUCAAGCGAUUGGAUGUGGCUGGCCGUGAUGUCACCCGCAACCUGAUUGCCCUUCUUCUGCGCCGCGGCUAUGCGCUGAACCGAACCGCCGAUUUCGAGACCGUCCGCCAGAUCAAGGAGAAGCUCUGCUACGUUUCCUACGACCUUGAGCUGGACAAGAAGUUGUCCGAGGAUACCACUGUUUUGGUCGAGUCCUACACCCUUCCCGACGGCCGUGUCAUCCGUGUCGGCAGUGAGCGAUUCGAGGCCCCCGAGUGUCUCUUCCAGCCCCAUCUGGUGGAUGUUGAUCAGCCCGGUAUGGCUGAACUGCUCUUCAACACUAUCCAAGGCACCGAUGUCGAUAUCCGAUCUAGUCUGUACAAGGCUGUUGUGCUCAGUGGUGGUAGCAGCAUGUACCCUGGUCUGCCCUCGCGAUUGGAGAAGGAACUCAAGCAACUUUGGCUUACCCGAGUUCUGGGCGGCAACCCGGAGCGUCUGAACAAAUUCAAGGUCCGCAUCGAGGAUCCCCCACGACGGAGACAUAUGGUCUUCCUGGGUGGUGCUGUCCUCGCCAACCUGAUCGCCGACAAGGACGACAUGUGGGUGUCCAAGCAAGAGUGGGAGGAACAAGGUGCUCGUGCGCUGGCCAAGCUUGGCCCCCGGUAA